ACGUCCAUUUAGUCACCAGACACGAGACCUGGGAACACGGUGACCCCCCUUCUUGCCCCACCCAGUCCACCAGCUCCACCUGCUCAGUGAAAGGACAAACUGCAGGGAGCACAGUACGCUUGCCGGGAGACAUCUGUUUGUUUGUUUACCGAGUCAGCUGUUGGCGCCAAAUACAACACAAGCUUGAAGUGGCAUGGCGGGAGAGGCCGUGGGCGGAGUGGCAGGAAGGGUGGACAUGUUACUGACGUGUUAAGCAAUAAAGCAGCACCAUGGGCACUCCAGGGGGCGGCAGGACCAAGAUACGCGCCAGGGAUGUGUUUGAGUCGUUCUUCCUGAAGCACCACCGGGAGGACCUGAUGGAGAUCCUGGAGGAGGAGCAGGACGUGGAGCAGCACUACCCUGUGUUUGUCAACUUCCUCACUAUGUUUGAGGAGCACACGGAGGUGGCUGAGUCGCUGCUAACGGCACCUGCCAAGCUGCUGCCAGUGCUUGACUUGUCUCUGUUCCGCGCUGCCACCAAGCUGCUCGGGGAACUGAAGGAGUCAUGCAGCAAGCUCUCCAUGAAGACAAACCUGCACGCUCGCAUCACAGGGCUGCCUUCGUGCCCCGAGCUGUACCGAGACAGAAUGCCUCGGACGGCAGAUGUAGGGCGGCUGCUGUGUGUGGCGGGCACUGUGGUGAGGAGGACAUCUGCCAAGAUGCUGGAGUACCAGAAGGAGUUCAUGUGUGCUAAGUGCAAACAUGUUUUCACUGUGGUGGCAGACCAUGACCAGUACUACCAGCUAAGCAAGCCAGGCCGCUGCCCCAACCCGACUGAAUGUUACUCCACCUACUUCACCAUGCUCACUGCUGCCUCGCAACCCAUUCACACCAAGGACUACCAGGAGCUCAAGAUACAGGAACAAGUGCAGAAACUCAAGAUGGGCAGCAUUCCCUCCUCCUUGUGGGUCACUCUGGAGGAUGACCUGGUGGACUCCUGCCGGCCUGGUGAUGACGUGGUGGUGUGUGGUGUGGUGAGGCGUCGGUGGCGGCCACUGGUUCGAGACACACGGCCCUGUGUGGACUUGGUGGUGAGGGCAAACAAUGUAACAGUGGACAACAAGGAGCGCAGCGGCAGCACGGCUAUCACAGAGGAGGUGCGACAGGAGUUUGAUGAGUUCUGGGAGCACCACAAGCACUGCCCACUCACUGGUAGAAACAUCAUCCUUGCUUCCAUUUGUCCUGAGGUGUACGGGUUGUAUGUGGUGAAGUUGGCACUGGCUGUGGUGUUGGCUGGAGGUGUGCAGAGGAUUGGCUCCACCACCACCAGGAUCAGAGGGGAGGCUCACAUGCUCUUGGUGGGUGAUCCAGGGACAGCCAAGAGUCAGUUCCUGAAGUAUGCAUCUGGCUUGGUGCCUCGCAGUGUGUUCACCACAGGCGCAGGCACCACCAGCACUGGUCUCACUGUGACGGUGGUGAGAGAGGAAGGGGAGUGGGCGCUGGAGGCUGGUGCUCUGGUGAUGGCUGACGGGGGCGUUUGCUGCAUUGACGAGUUCAGCAGCGUGCGGGAGGCGGACCGAGCAGCGAUUCAUGAGGCCAUGGAGCAGCAGACCAUUAGUGUGGCCAAGGCUGGUCUCCUCUGUAAGCUGGACAGCCGGUGCAGCGUUCUGGCCGCCACCAACCCCAAGGAGGACGGCAACCCUGAGGAGACACUGGAGUUCAUUGGCCUGGCGUCACCGCUCCUAUCACGCUUUGACCUGGUGUUCAUGCUGCAGGAUGUCAAGAACCAGGAAUGGGACAGGGUUGUCUCAAAGUACAUUCUGAGCGGCCAAGACCCUGGGGAGGCGGAGGGCACAGGGGCAGAGGAGGACUGGGGUCUGGAGAAGCUGCGUGCAUAUUUCUGUGUGAUCCGUUGCCUGCAGCCCAACAUGACCCCACAAGCCAACGAGGUGCUAAGCCGCUACUACCAGACACAGCGGCAGAGUGAACAGCGCAGCAAGGCCAGGACUACACUCAGGCUGCUGGAGAGUCUGGUGCGGCUGAGUCAAGGCCACGCCCGGCUCAUGAUGCGUGGUGAGGUGGUGGUGCAGGACGCCGUGGUGGCCAUCAGUCUCCUCGAGGCAUCCAUGGGGGGCUUCUCUUCACUCAUAGACAUCAACCCACUGUACACUGCCUUCCCUCAUGAUGGCCAGCUGGAAUACAGGACUCAGGUCCAAGUCAUCCUGCAGAAGCUUUGCCUCUCUGAAAUCUUGAGCAAAGAGAUGGAUCGGCUGGAUGAGGACCAGCUGGCCAGCAGCAGGAAGCCAUCAGGAGUGCACAGAAAGAAAGAGCAGUCUGCCUUCACCACCAGCACUCAGAAGCCUCCCUCCACUGCUGUGCUGCACUCAAGGAAGGACUUCAAAGCUUCAGUCAGUGAGGAGCAGUUUGGCCUGGACAUUGAGGAGCUGCAGGAGACCACAGAGCACAGGAAGAGACCCAGGGGAGGUGCACAGCAGACACUCAGCAAGUGGGUGGAGCCAGACACACCCUGCCAGACUGAGGCCUCAUGUGAGCCUUGCCUAGAAGACUCCUCAGAUGAUGACUUGGAGAUCAUUAGACCCAAGAAGCAGAAGAGUAGGAAAGAGGAAGAAAGAGAGAGAAACAUUCAGACUCAAGCAAAGAAUACAAAACGUAAGAAGACGAGAAAGAAGGCAUCUAAAGAAGGUUCCUCCAGGGAUGACACAAGGCAGCCUGACGCUUCUCCUCCUUCCUCCUUCUCCCACAUGGACAGGGCGGGGCAGGACCUGCUGAAGGACCUGGAUGACUUUGCUGAGGACACAUGGACACCCAAGAAUAUCAAAGAAAACUUCAUCUCAGCCAUAGCCAAGUUUGCAUACAAGAAACCAGGGAAAGACACAAGCACCAAGCAAAGUGUUGUCCAGGAACUCUCACCAAAUAAGGAUAACAAACACAACUCUCCUGGUAGCAAAAUCAUGGGUGAGCCUGAUUCUGUGAGGAAGAAAAAUAAAGAUGACAAUGUGCCUAAAGAUUCAAGUGUCUUCAAAUGCAGCUCACUGAAGCGUUCCCCACUGAAGGAAAAGCCAGUGAGGGCAUCAGACAGUACAGUGAUGCAGCAGAAGGAACCUGUGGAAGCUGUACAAUCAGAAAAACACGUACAAUCCCCGUUAAUAACUAAAAAACACAAGCAUUUCACUCCCUCAACAGAAUCAGCCAUUGCCAAACUGAAAUGCUUCUCCUACUCACCACAGGAUGAUGAAACAGCCAAGACCUUAACACUGAACACCAAUAACAGAGAGGCAGAGUGUGUGAAUGAGACUUCAGUCCACGAAUGUCCUGAAGGGAAGAGUGACAUAAAUGCCUCCACUACACAUGGCUUGGAUGUGAGUGAUGCAAGUCAUCUGAGAGUAAGUGAGAAGGAGAAACAGUCGCUGAUACAUGCAAGAAUAAAAGAAGCCAGGGAAAGGAGACUUAACCUUGCCAAUAAAAUGAAUGGGAAGGAACAGGUGUCCUCUCUUAUAACAAGGGAAAGAGAGCAGAAUUAUAAGCUUGUUAGUAAGAUCACCAGGAAGAUGAAAGACAAUAAGGAGGAAAGCACAUCAUCUCAUCUUGUAAGAGAAGAACAGAGCAACACUUAUUCUAAUGAUGUAAGGAAUAGAGAAAAUGUAAGAGAAAUUGACCAAACCUCUCCCUGCAACUCAAAAGAUACAGGAUUUAUAAGUGGAAUGAACCAACCUUGCAGCUCAGGAAAUAGAGAAGAUGUAAGAGAAAAGAGUAACUUCCCCAAUGACUCAGGGACAAGGGACACAGGAGAGACAGAUCAGCCUCGCAGUGUAUCAAUGAGAGGGGAAGGUAAAGACCCAGAACGUCAUCAGAGAAAUGCUGACCAAGGAGAAACGAAGAAGCUAUCUGAUAUCACUAAGGAAAAUAAUCAAAAGAAUGUAACCACCACAUCAUCUCCAGGUAACAUCAACACUCCACCCUCCUCCUCCUCCUCCUCCUCUACCUCCACAUACUUCCCCACAAAGCCAAAAACUAAACACAAGAGGUUCUGCUUUGCCCUGAGUGAGGAAGAAGAGGAAGACGUCGAUCUCUUUGCCGGUCCUGUAACUCAAGCAAGAGUGAGUGACAGUGAGGGAGAGAGGCAAGCCUUGGCAGGGAAGAAUAUCACCCCACAAAGCUUCCUCCUGAAGAAGCCACUCCUCUCCCCCAGUCCAGUGGUGGGGAGAAUGAAGCUUCCCGUGGUCAGUGAAGGUGUUGGUAAAUAUGAGGCCUUGGCUUCUGAGGAACUUGAUGACUUUGACUUUGAAUUAUAGAACAUUAGUAUCAAGCAUUUGUUAUGACUGUUUCUUGUACAAGCUGUUAAGGCUUCCAAUGCUGCUUCUAUGAUUCCUGUGAUGUUUGUUUACAAAGGUGUUUUGUAUUGUCAUUGAGGAAACCACUCAUGAAAAGCUUACUUGUCUUCAGUGUGGCCUUGGAAAACAGUCCUGGUGAAAGCUGUGGUGCCUAAGAGUACAAGCCACAACAAAGCUUCCAUUGAAAAGUUAAAUUUUUAUGUACCAUUAUUGUAACAUAAUGUAAAUAAGAUUAUUGUUUUAUACCGAAGAGUGUUGAUUAAUACUAAUGUGUUGUACAGAUACAGUGCUGGUAAUGUUGGGGUGUUUUUACAUAACAUAGAGUAUGUAGCAAAACUAUCAAUAUUUUGUUUUGGAAACUUCUGUGCAAAUAUUGCUAUUAUAGUUUUAGAAAAGUAACCAACAUUAAAAGCUCCUCAGUGCUACUUGUGGCAUAUUUUUUUAUAUAAUUGAUAUAUAAAAGUAUUAAAGAUUUAUUCCCAAU